AUUUAACUAAUCACAUAAUUAGCCGACUUAAGUACGUAAUUAGCCGAUUUAAUCAUAUCCAAAAUGGCGGACGUUGACGCAACGCAAAUCAUGCUUAUUCAUCCCGAAAAUCAUCAAAUUGCGAAGAAACGGAAGGCGAACUUCACAGCAAGUGAAAAAUCCUAUCUGGCCGACCUCGUCAAGGACAAUUAUAACAUUCUAUUCGGACAAUUUUCAAGCAGCUUAACUGCAAAAAUGAAGCACGAGAAAUGGGAGGAGAUCGCCGGAAAGAUCAACGCCAUAGGUGUGGGUAGCAGAACUGUGGCGGAGUUGAAAACUCUUUGGAACAAUCUACAAAUGAAAGCUAAGAAAGCGAAUGGAUUCGAAAAAAGAGAGUCAGUGAAGACAGGAGGCGGGCCAGCACCGACUCCUUUGGACGAAACCACUAAUGUUAUCAUCAGCUUCAUGAAUGACAAGCCGUCAUUCAGCGGCAUACCCGGAGGAGUAGAAACCGGCCCUGGCUACGAAGCAUAUACGUAUGAAGAGGAAGAGCCCUCGGGAGAGCUCGAGCAUUUGAGUCUCGAUGUUGGGUCGAGCGAUGACGAGAACAUGGUCGUCGCUCCUCAAGUUUAA